UACAACGAAAUGGACACGUCUGUAAUUAUACCCGUCGAAGCGGAGGGGUUUGUUCAAAGUCUGGAAACUUUCUCUCUCAAGGAAGUCGGCUCUGAGAGGUGGUUCAGACAACAUGGGCACAUCGAGAAACUUAACAUGCAAGCAAUACUGAACGCUUCUGCCAUGCAAGAUGAGUAUGUUCAGGAGCUCCUGGUGUCACAUGUAAAGAUACCUGUUCUGGUCCAUGAAAUGAUCCUUGUCGAAAUCUGGAAGCAUAAAGUGUUUCCCAAUUUAUGUCAGCUGGAGGACUUUAAUCCCAAGAACACAUUCAGUCUUUACAUGGUGAUCCACCAUGAAGCCUCGAUCAUGAACCUGCUUGAAACGAUAAUGUAUCACAAGGAUUCCUGUGAGGCGGCUGGUGACGCUGUCCUUGACUUGGUGGAUUACUGCCACCGCAAGCUCACCCUGCUGGUCGGCAAAGCGACCGGGGCAACCGCGACGACUCAUGACCAACACAGCCCGAAAGGGACAGCAGUCGUAUCCUCCACUGACGUGAUGACAGAGUUACAGAUGCAGUGUGCUGCACGGGAAUUUGAAAUCUCCCUGAAGGCAGUCUCUGUGCUGCGCUUCAUCACUGAUCACACCGAGAGUGUUAGUGUCAUCAAUCGCAUGAUGUGCAUCCAUAACAUGCCUUGCGUGCUGGUUCAGUUGAUUGACUGCUGUCCUUGGAGUCGCUGUAAAGACGGUGAGGUAGAAAAGUACAUCAAUGGCAGAUGGCAGACGAUUUCUGUCGAGAACCAUUUAACGAUGACAAAACUAGAUGGUCAGGUCUGGAUUUCCCUUUACAAUCUGCUGCUGAAGGAAAACUGCCAAAGGAAAUAUGAAUUUAACAAUUACAACAAGAACCAGCUUCUAAAGCUUCGACGUUUCAUGACAGAGGUUUUGGUUGAUCAGCUGCCAAACCUACUGGAGUUGCAGCGUUUCCUGGCCUAUCUCGCCAUUACAGACCCCGCCCCUCCAAAAAAAGAACUGCUUUUGGAACAGAUCCCAGAAAUAUGGAACUACAUUGUGAGAGAGAAUUCUGGGAAGUGGAAGGCAAUCGCAAAGUAUCAAGUCAAAGAAACUUUCAGCCCAUCUGAAAGUGAACUGGAGCUGCAGGCGAAGAGGUUGAACCAGGUGUACAAUGUGGAUGUGAUGGAGAGCUUACUCCCCGAGAAGCCAAAGUGUGGAUUCUGUGGGAAAGAGGCAGCAAAGAAAUGCUCUCAGUGUCAGGGAGAAUGGUACUGCCACAGAGAAUGUCAGGUGAGGCACUGGUCCAAACACAAGAGAGCCUGUCAGCUCUAUGCUGAGGUCACAGAGAAGAUCCAGAGGGACCUGCUGGAGAACUGCUGACACCGAGAUACUGUGGAAGCAGUCAGCAGAACAGAUGGGAGGAACAGAUCUGCAUGGGCACAAUCCAAAUUUGGAUUCCUAUACAUUUUAAAUCGUUAUUUUAACAUGUUCUCAGUUACAUAAUUGUGUUGUUCCUUUUUGUUUUGUUUUGUUUGUUCAAUAACCUUAUGGUAUAUUGUUUUUGUGUGUCUUUGAUUAAAAAAAGUGCUUCCCUUUUCAUAUUUACUCUCAUUCAACAAAGUUGAGGAAAAUUGACCUUCUUCAUUACACAACGGCAACAAAUAAAAGACUUGAAUGAC